AUGGGCAAGGACAAGACCGAAAAGAAGGACAAGCGCGAGAAGAAGGAGAAGCGCGCGGAGAAGGACGGUGUCCACAAGAGCAAGAAGGACAAGAAGGAGAAGAAGGACAAGACUGUUCUGGCUGAGGCUGUUGAGAAGGAGCUCACCACCAAGGUUCUGGAGGGCAUUGACCAGGCUGAUGGCUCUGUCAACGGUGACAAGCCGGAGGUGAUGGAGAUUGACGGUCGUCCUGUUGGCGCUGUCGUUCCCUUUGCCUCUCCUCUUGUGGAGGACAAGUCGGCCAAGAAGGUUCUCAAGACCGUGAAGAAGGCCGCCGUCAACAAAUGCCUCAAGCGCGGUGUGAAGGAGGUCGUCAAGGCCCUUCGCAAGUCCCCCAUCCCCGCUCCCAACGCCCCGGCCACCACCCCUAACGGAGUGGUCAUCCUGGCCGCCGAUAUCUCGCCGAUGGACGUCAUCUCUCAUAUUCCCGUGCUCUGCGAAGACCACGGCAUCCCCUACGUUUUCGUCACAUCCCGCGCCGAGCUCGGUAACUCGGCCGCCACGAAACGACCCACCAGCGUCACGAUGGUGGUGCCCAAGUCCGCGGCCAAGGGCAAGAAGGGUGAAUCGGCCGGCGACGACGAGGACUUCGGCAAGGUGUACGAGGAGCUGGUGGCCCUCGCGCAGAAGGAGGCCAAGAAGGCGAACGUCUAA